ACAAUCCGAAGAUGGCGGCGGCCUUGUCCGCUUGCUGCCUUCGUUUCCGCAGCGGUUCUGCCUUGCUGCAGACCGCUCGGGGCUCAGGUGUGUGUGAAGCGAAGCUCGGCUGCAGAUUUUAUUCGGGAAGUGCAUCCCUCCCUAAGAUUGAAGGAACAAAUGUAACAGGAAUUGAAGAAAUAGUCAUUCCAAAAAAGAAAACAUGGGAUAAAGUGGCUGUUCUUCAGGCACUUGCAACUACAGUGAACAGGGACCCCACAGCUGUACCUUAUGUCUAUCAAGAUGACCCUUACCUGAUCCCAACCUCUACUGUGGAGUCACGUUCAUUUUUAUUGGCAAAGAAGUCUGGGGAGAAUGCAGCAAAGUUUAUUAUUAAUUCACAUCCCAAAUAUUUCCAAAAGGAUGUAGCUGAGCCUCAUAUACCGUGCUUAAUGCCGGAGUCCUUUGAGCCUCAGAUUGAAGAUGUGAGUGAAGCCGCCCUGAGGGAACGGAUCAGACUCAGGAAAGUUAAGGCUUCUGUGGACCUCUUUGAUCAACUCUUACAAGCAGGAACCACAGUCUCUCUUGAAACAACUAAUAGUCUCUUGGAUUUAUUGUGCUACUAUGGCGACCAAGAGCCCCCAGCUGACUAUCCAUUUCAACAAACUGAGCAUACAGAAAACUUGGAAGAGGCUACAGAGGAAAGUAAUCAGACGUCCAAGAUGAAGACUAUUCCUUGGAAAACACAAAACAAUGCUGAGAGAGUGUUUGCUCUAAUGCCAGAGAAGAAUGCACACUCCUACUGCACAAUGAUCCGAGGGAUGGUAAAGCACCGAGCUUAUGCACGGGCAUUGAACUUGUAUACUGAGUUAUUAAAUAACAGACUUCGUGCUGAUGUGUACACCUUCAAUGCACUGAUUGAAGCUAAGAUGUUUAUGCCUGAUGAGAAAUUUGAGGACAAAUGGAAUAACAUACUGGAUCUGCUGAAACAUAUGGUUACACAUAAGGUGAAACCCAACCUUCAGACUUUCAAUGCCAUGCUGAAGGGUCUCCGGAAGUUUUACUUGCUUGGAAGGCUGCCAGCCUUACAGACAUUACGUGAAAUGAAAUACAUUGGAAUAGAACCCUCACUCGCAACAUACCAUCAUAUUAUUAAUCUCUUUUACCAGCGAGCUAACGCUAUAAAAACACCGUCCCUCAUCAUCUAUGAUAUUAUGCAGGAAUUAGAGGGAAGGACAUUUUCCCCACAGGACCUGGAUGAUGAUAAAUUUUUUCAGUCGGCCAUGAAUGUAUGUUCAUCUCUCAGAGAUUUAGAACUUGCUUACCAAGUACAUCGUCUUUUAAAUACGGGGCACAACCGGAAAUUGAUUGGAAGUGAUCUUCAACUCAAUUUCUAUUAUUCGAAGUUUUUCAGUUUGAUUUGUUCAAUGGAACAGAUUGAUGUCACCUUGAAGUGGUAUAAGGACCUAAUACCUUCAGUCUUCUUUCCCCACUCCCAAACUUUGAUUGGGCUUCUCCAAGCAUUGGACGUGGCCAAUAGGCUAGAAAUGGUUCCUCAGAUUUGGAAAGAUAGUAAAGAGUAUGGCCAUACUUUCCGAGAUGCCUUAAGACAAGAAAUCUUGAUGCUCAUGGCCAGGGAUAAACACCCCCCAGAGCUUCAGGUGGCAUUUGCUGACUGUGCUGCUGAUAUCAAAUCCACAUAUGAAAGCCAAGAUGCCCGGCAGACUGCUCUUGAUUGGCCAGCCAACUCUCUACAGUGUAUAGCUAUCCUUUUUUUAAGAGGUGGCAGAACCCAGGAAGCUUGGAAAAUGUUGGCACUUUUCAAAAAGCAUAAUAAGAUUCCCAGAAGUGAAUUGCUGGAGGAGUUUAUGGACUCUGCAAAAGCAUCUGGGAGCCCUGCUUUGGCCAUUGAGGUGGUGAAGCUGGCAAGUGCCUUCAGCUUACCUGUUUGUGAGCACCUUGCCCAAAGAGUAAUGACAGAUUUCACAGUUGACGAAAAACAAAAGGAAGCCCUGGGUAACCUCACUGCGUCAAACAACAGUAGCGAUGGAGACAGCAGCAGUGACAGUGACAUCAGUGAAGACAAAAGAAAGUGAGGCGGCCCACCACAGCUGCUGGAACGUUGGAAGUGGUAGCUAAGCAGACACAGGGCUGAAGAUGUAAACUCAGUGGUGCAGCACUAGCCAGACACACGGCCAUAGGACUGAUUCUUCUCCAGCCCUGAGAUGCCUAAACAGUGACCAGCACUAUGAGGUCUGUAGCUCUUACAGAGGAAUAAAUCCCAUACAAUGCAGUGUCUGCAGACUUCAUUCCCGUUAAUCAUCAUGUUUGAGCUCACUGGCCUUUGCUGCCCACCUACUCUGUGGUGUGCUGGCCCUUUGGCCUAGAAAUACCAGUUUAAACUGGUUCUCAUGCAGGUAUAUAAUUGCUGUUGUAUUGAUCGUAUCCUAGUUUGGGGAGUACUUAAGAAUAACUGUCUUAGAACCAAUUAAAUCAGAAGCAAGUUACGGUUUUAGGUUACACAACUGGCAAAAUGAUUAAAUAAACAGUGAUUUGGUGUGUGCUUUUAUUUAAAAACUGAAUAUAGUCUUUAUGUGUGUACAUGGUCAUAUGGAGGCCAGAGGUCGGUGGUGUCUUCUCCAUUUGUUUCUCUAGGUUUAUUUUUUGAGGCAGGACCUCUCCCUGAGCCUGGAGAUUGCUGGCCAGCCCUGGAGAUCCGCCUGGCUUUUCUACAUAAACACUUGGGGAUCUGAACUGAGGUCCUCAUACACACAUGCCAAGCACUUUACAAAGGGAGUUUCCUCUCCAGCCCCAGCCUUGUCUUCUAUACCCAAGAAUGUUUGAGUUGUAUGACUGGUACGGCUCUUGCCUAAGCACAUGGGCUCCUCCAUUUUUUUCUCCACCCUCCCCCCACAAGGCAUUUUGGGCCAUAUGGGCACUUUAAAAGUAGAUAUUUAAAGUGAUCAGGGGGCUAGUGAUGACAAAAGGAUAUGAAAUGUCAUGACACUGUGUUGCUACUGAUCACCUUGAUCAACUUUAUAUUAAUCAUGUUUCUUUUAAAUGAUAGUAAUGGAUAGAAAUUUGAGGUUUUCAGAGCUAAGUUCAUGAGUGCUUCCGCCACUGUACAGCCCUCUCGGAUAACUAAGGCAUCAAGUUCUGCACUGAUGAGGAACAGCUUUAUCUCGUCUGUUCCCAUCGACAUUUACCGUCUAUUCCCAAGCUAGGGCCCAGCCAUGUCUUCAUAAAUCUUGGCGUUCUCUUACCUAGAAAACAAAGUCUUAAGUAAUGGGUUUGGGGGGUUGGAUGGCACUUGAUUACCUACAAAGCAAUUUGGGUAAAGGACAGAGAAGCUGGCUGCCAGGAAGGAUGUUAACUCUGCCCAUUGGCUCCAACUCUUCUGUUCCUCUCCCUGGCAUUUGUGGUAUGCCCCUUCCCACCCAGUCCUUGAGCACUGGUUUGAAGCCAACCAUAGAAAACCCUUGACAUGAGCAUGUGGUGGACUUUCUUAUCCACUUGAUGUGUGUAGCUCAAACUCAUGUUUCUUAGCAAACCUUCACUGAGCCAGGAAGUGACAUGAUGAAUGUCCCGUCUUCUGCUUGUGUUUCUCUCAUCAUAGUCUUUCAUCUCUAGUAUUUUUGUUGUUGUUGCUUUUUU